AUGGCAGAUUCAUCGUCAUCGUUUUCCUUCUUUUCUGAUUUUGGGCUCCUAUUGUAUUUGGAGGAACUAAACAAAGAGGAAUUAAGUAAAUUCAAGUUGUUCCUAAAGGAGACCACAGAACCCCAGCCCUGUCCGAUACCCUGGACUGCUGUGAAGAAAGCUAAGCGGGAGGAACUUGCUAACCUGAUUAACAAACACUAUCCAGGAGGGCAGGCCUGGGAUGUGACUCUCAAAAUCUUUGGCAAGAUGAACUUGAAGGAUCUGUGUCAGAGAGCAAAAGCAGAGAUCAACUGGACAGCCCAGAAAAUGGGACCACAGGAUGCUGAGGCUGGAGAGGCACCAAUUCAGGAGGUGGUGCUGGGUGGUGGAACAGAAUACAAAAUUCAAAUAAAGGAAAAAUUUUUUGACAUAUUGGUUAGGAACUCCUUGCCGGGAGAACCUACAGAUUUCCAUCAUGGAAUUAUUCAGGAAGAGAGAAACCUAUUGGAGCAUUUGUUUGAUGUGGAUGUCAAAAGUGGUGAUCAGCCACAGACAGUGGUGCUCUGGGGAGUUGCUGGAGUUGGGAAAACAACAUUGAUGAGAAGGGCGAUGUUAGAAUGGGCAGAGGGCAAUCUCUAUCAACAGAAGUUUGCCUAUGUUUUUUAUCUCAAUGGGCGAGAAAUUAGCCAGCUGAAAGAGAGAAGCUUUGCUCAAUUGAUAUCAGAGGACUGGCCUAGCAAUGAAAUCCCCAUUGAAAGUAUCCUGUCCCAGCCAAGUAGUCUUCUUUUUAUUGUUGAUAGUUUUGACGAACUGAACUUUGCCUUUGAGGAACCUGAGUUUGCACUUUGUAAAGACUGGACCCAAGUACACCCUGUGUCCUUCCUCAUGAGUAGUUUGCUGAGGAAAGUGAUGCUCUCUGAAUCAUUCUUGUUGGUGACAUCAAGAUUCACAGCUUCUAAGAGACUGGCAUCCUUGUUGAAGGACCACUGUUAUGCAGUGCUACUAGGAAUGUCUGAGGAUUCAAGAAGGGAUUAUAUUUACCAGUUUUUUGAAGAUGAGACAUGGGCCAUGAAAGCAUUCAGUUCAUUAAGAGACAAUGAGAUGCUUUUUGACAUGUGCCAAGUUCCCCUACUGUGCUGGAUCAUCUGUACUUGCCUGAAGCAGCAAAUGGUGAGGGGCAGCGAUGUCACGGUGAUCUGCCAAACAACCACAGCUCUGUUUAUGUGCUGUAUCUCCAGCCUGUUUGCACCAGUAAAUGGACACUCUCCUAAACUGCCCAAUGAAGCUCAGCUAAGGAGCCUGUGCCACUUGGCUGUCAGAGGAGUAUGGACCAUGACACAUGUGCUCUACAAAGACAAUCUCAGGAAACAUGGGUUAACCAGAUCUGACCUCUCAAUUUUUCUGGACGCGAAUAUUCUUCAAAAGGACACAGAGUAUGAUAAUUGCUAUGUGUUCACUCACCUACAUUUUCAGGAGUUUUUUGCAGCUAUGUUCUAUAUGUUGGAAGUCAGUUGGGAACACAGAGACCAUUUCUUCCAGUCUUUGGAGGACUUGAAGCUAUUACUUGAAAGUGAAAGUUGUCAAAACCCCCAUUUGAGGCAAAUGAAAUGGUUUCUGUUUGGCCUUUUGAAUGAAGAUAGAGUGAAACAAUUGGAGGACACUUUUAAUUGUAAAAUAUCCCUGGAGUUAAAAUCAGAGUUACUUCAGUGGAUGGAAGUAUUUGGAAAAAGUGACACUUCUUCAUCACAGCUGGAACUUCUGGACUUGUUUUUCUGUCUCUAUGAGACUCAAGAUGAAGCAUUUGUAAUCCAGGCAAUGAGCUAUUUUCCAAAGGUUAAAAUUGAGAUUUGCAAGGAAGCCCAUUUGCUUGUGUCUUCAUUCUGCCUUCAGUACUGCCAAUGUUUGGAGACCAUUAAACUGUCUGUGACUAUGAUAUUUGAAAAGCCGUUAAACUCAGGCCCUGUAGCUGACACUUGGGACAAUGAUCGUAUUAUCCGUUGCUGGAAAAAUCUCUGUUCUGUGUUUCACACAAAUGAAAACUUGAGAGAAUUGGAACUGUAUCAUAGUAACCUUGAUGAAUUAGCAAUGAAGACUUUCUGUCAAGAACUGAGGCACACAAAUUGUAAACUACAAAAACUACUGUUGAGAUCUGUCGCCUUCCCUGAUGAUUGUCAGGGUAUAUCUAGUUUGUUGACUCACAACCAGAAUCUGAUGCAUCUUGACCUGAAAGGGAGUAAAAUAGGGAAUAAUGGAGUAAAGUCAUUAUGUGAAGCCUUGAAACACCCAGAGUGUAAACUACAGAAUUUGAGGUUGGAAUCCUGUGAAUUAACUGCAGUUUGUUGUCUAAAUAUAUCCAAGGCUCUCAUCAAAAGCCAGAGCCUGAUAUUUCUGAAUCUGUCGGCCAAUAAUCUGUUGGAUGAUGGCGUGAAGUUGUUAUGUGAGGCCUUACAACAUCCAAAAUGUUGCCUAGAGAGACUGUCCUUAGAAAGUUGUGGCCUCACAGAAGUUGGUUGUGAGGAUCUUUCAUUGGCUCUCCUCAGCAAUAAGACACUGACACAUUUAUGCCUGGCAGACAAUGUUUUGGGAGAUGAUGGAGUAAAGCUUGUAAGUGAUGCCUUGAAAAACCCACAGUGUACUCUACAGAGCCUUGUGCUGAGGUGCUGCCAUUUCACUUCACUGAGCAGUGAAUAUCUCUCAACUUCUCUUGUGCACAAUAAGAGCCUCAAGCAUCUGGACCUGGGUUCAAACUAUCUUCAAGAUGAUGGAGUAAAGCUUCUGUGUGAUGUCUUCCGGCAGCCAAGCUGUAAUCUUCAGGAUUUGGAAUUAAUGGGUUGUGUUCUCACUAAUGCAUGUUGUUUGGAUCUGGCUUCAGUUAUUUUAAACAACCCAAACCUGCACAGCCUAGACCUUGGGAAUAAUGAACUGAAGGAUGAUGGGAUGAAAAUUCUAUGUGAUGCUUUAAGACAUCCAAAUAGUAACAUUCAGAAGCUUGGGUUGGAAUACUGUAGUUUGACCUCUCUCUGUUGUCAGGAUCUUUCUUCUACUCUUCUCAGCAACCAAAGACUGAUAAACAUGAACCUGACACAGAAUGCCUUAGGGAGUGAAGGAAUUGGGAAGUUAUGUGAAGCCUUGAAGUCUCAGGAAUGUAAACUACAAAUUCUAGGGUUGUGCAAAGAGGCAUUUGAUGAGGAAGCCCAGAAGCUUCUAGAAGAGGUUGAAGUAAGCAAUCCACAUUUAGUCAUUAAGCCCUAUUGUAAUGAUUAUGGUGAAGAAGAUGGGUCCUGGUGGUGGUGUUCCUGA